AUGGCUCCCGACAAUGCCGCCUCGCUCAAUCAAAUCGACGAGCAGCUCAAGAUCGUCGUGCAAAACCUGUUCAACCUCGUCGUCGACGUGCACGACCACCAAGGCAGCGCCACCGAGGAAGCCAUGAAGGCCGAAGCCACGUCGCUGCUCGCCAACCUGCUGGCCCUGUCGCGCCGCGCCCGCGCCCUCAGCCUCAGCAUCCCGCCCGAAAUCAUCACGUACGUCGAGAACGGGCGCAACCCGGACAUUUACACGCGCGAGUUUGCCGAGCUGGUGCAGAAGAACAACCAGAAGCUGAAGGCCAAGGCCGAGGCCUUUGCGCAGUUCCGCGACAUCUUGGCGGGGAAGAUUGGCGUCGCCUUUCCCGACAUGCGCGACGACGUUGCGCGCGUCGUGAGGAACACGGGCGGAGACGCGGAUGCGGCGCUGCGGACGUAG